UUAAGAGUCCCCCACGUAUUAAACACGGAGAAAGAGUGAGAGACAGAGCCAAAGAGGUCACGAACCCGGAGUGGUUGCAGAGAUUGAGGGUCGGAUUUGCAGUUUGUGUUGGUGAUAUAGUAAAUCAAUGGCUGCACCACCAAGGGCUCGCGCCGAUUACGAUUAUCUGAUCAAGCUCCUCCUCAUUGGCGACAGUGGUGUUGGAAAGAGUUGCCUGCUUUUACGAUUCUCUGAUGGCUCCUUCACAACCAGUUUCAUUACCACUAUUGGAAUUGACUUCAAGAUAAGAACCAUUGAUCUUGAUGGCAAACGAAUUAAGUUGCAAAUCUGGGACACAGCUGGUCAGGAACGGUUCCGGACAAUCACGACAGCUUACUAUCGAGGAGCCAUGGGUAUUUUGUUGGUGUAUGAUGUAACUGAUGAGUCAUCUUUCAACAACAUUAGGAACUGGAUUCGUAACAUUGAACAACAUGCUUCUGACAAUGUCAACAAGGUACUGGUGGGAAACAAGGCUGAUAUGGAUGAAAGCAAAAGGGCCGUGCCAGCAUCUAAAGGUCAAGCUCUUGCUGAUGAGUAUGGUAUCAAGUUCUUUGAAACUAGUGCAAAGACAAACUUGAAUGUGGAGGAGGUUUUCUUUUCAAUAGCCAGGGAUAUCAAGCAGAGACUUGCAGAAUCUGAUGCCAGGGGCACUGAGCCGCAAGCACUCAAGAUGAAUGAACUAGGCAAUGAAGGUGGUCAAGCAGCACAAAAAUCAUCGUGCUGUGGUUAGUAGAACAAAGCAAAGGCUCAUUUGAUUGCACUGAGGUUGGGUUUAAGGUGAAAUCGACUAGAUGGUGGGCGCCUCAGUUAGAUCUAAGUCUCCACUACCAGGGAUUAAUAUUAACUUUGUUUUUCCUCAUUGUGAAAUUUAUGACAUGACAAUUUCUACCCUUUGUGGUCAUUGCAUCUGUGUGGAUGCUUGCCUUGAUGUAGAUAGAUAAUCAGGUUUGCUUCUUUAUCAAGAAAAGGCUUUAGGUGUUUCCCUUGCCUAAUUUAAUUGUCUU